CAUGUGAAAUACAUACAUAAAUACACAAAUGGCCAAGUCUCCUCAUGAGUUUUACUUAAGAGGGAACUGCAAUUUCCAAAAGCUGAAGUCAUUCAAACACACACAUAUUUUGGUUCAACUUUAUUUCAUCUUUUAGGACACUCUCUCUUUUCCCAAUAUCAAUAAACAGCUCAUUGGCCCCACACCCUUUAUCAAAAGCUUCUUUAGUUCCCAUUUUUCUACUUGAAUCACCUAACAAUUCAUAUAAACAAAUUGGUAAACACAUCAUCUUUCAUCUUCCUCAUUACUUGAUUCAGAGGAUUCUCAUUCAGCCUUCCUCAGAUGCCUCUAUCUCCACCGCCACUACCACCACCACCACCACCUUUCACAGCUCCGUCCGCAAGCUCACCGUCCAACGCUGCUGCUCCACCGGUGGCACCGUCCCCUGCCUUGGCAGAGGGCGCUCGAACAUCUCCUGUUCUGACCUCUGCUACACCCUCAAGACAAGCAGAACUGACUUCUUUGGAGCAGAUAGUCAUACAAAAUCGAGCUACGAAACCACACACUCCACUUCUGAAUCCAAGUCAUAUAGAUUCCAGUAACUACAGAAAGCCGAUACUGCAGCAAGCUCGGCCACGCCAAACGAAUCCGAUUAUAUGGUGUUUUGCAAGCCUCUGCAUGCUUUUUAGUAUUCUCCUCAUCUUCUUUGGAAUUGCAACUUUGAUUGUUUUCCUGGUGGUUAGACCAAGAAAUCCCCUGUUUGACAUACCAAAUGCAAGCCUCAGUACCAUCUACUUUGAUUCAGCGGAAUAUCUUAAUGGAGACUUCACCGUUCUCACAAAUUUCACCAACCCGAAUCACAGAGUCGAUGUAAGGUACGAGAAUGCAGACAUAGAGCUUUUUUUUGGGGAUAGGCUCAUAGCAACUCAAGCAAUCCAGCCUUUCAGUCAAAGAAGAAAAGAAGUGAGGUUAGAACCUGUUCACUUGAUAUCCAGUCUGGUUUACUUGCCACAGAAUUCCGGGUUGGUACUCCGAAGGCAGGUACAGAACAACAAGGUUAUCUAUAACAUCAGAGGAACUUUCAAAGUUAGAGCUUCACUGGGUAUCAUCCAUUACUCCUACUGGUUACAUAGCCGAUGCCAGUUGGUGAUGACUAGUCCACCAACCGGCGUUUUAGUUGCUCGGAGUUGCAGAACCAAGAGGUGAAGAAACAGAAAUAUAUAUAUACACACAUAUAUAUAUUGUACACCUUCUAUGAAAUCUCUGUAUGGAUCAUCCACAUCACAAUUAUGGAUAUAAAUCUGAAUAGCUCUGAAAUAUCAGUUAAACAACAUCCAUCCUGUUUGACAUGGUUUGCACCAUUUUUUGGCUUCUACAUUCUCAAAAUUGAUGCAAGGGAGGUAUUGGGUCGAAUGGGGUUUGUGUGUGAAAUUUUUAGGUGAUUCUUCACUAACAAUUAGCAAAAAAAAAAGUGAACCUAGGAUCAAUCAAGAUAUAUAGACUACAGAAACACAACCGAUAAAGAAAAAAAAUCCUCAGUUUAAUAACUCUGCCCACUUGCUGUUGUUUAGCUAUAUCAAUUGGACAUUUUAUUUCUUAGUGUCUAAGCUACAUCAUUUUCUACCCUGUUGUUCUUUCAUGAACUAAUUGCAUCCAUAUGUGGCCCUGAGAAAAGCUAGAGGGGAAACAUGUGUGAGUAUCAACCAGAUAUCCCUCGAGUAUUCUCUGUCAAUCCCUUUUUUUAUUUUUGAUAGGAACCACUUUUUUUCAAACUGACAGUUCUUUGGUAUUUUCUUUUAUGACCAUGGAUUCCUAGGCUAGCUUAAUGCUAUAGAACUUUUGUCUAAUUUUACCAUAUUUGCUGUUGGGAAUCUCGUAGAGAUAUUCUACAUCUUAGGUAAAUGGCCACUGGUUUGAACUCGAGACCUUAAAAUCAUCUAGGUUUACAGCUUGUCCCUUUGAUUGAUAAUUAAAUUCUACUAUAUCAUCUACUAUCAGUUAAUCUAAUCAAAGAUUCAAUUAUCGAGCAUGUCCUCAAAUUGAAUAUUCAAAACAGGAAACCAUAUACAUAAUUCUUUUAUUGGAAAAAAGCUUGAAAUUAUAGCGAAUAUAAAAUCUUGAUCAUUCUGUCUCCAAACCGGGAGUGCACCAAAACCAGAGGAAGAUAGACUAUAGUUGAUUUAGAAGCAAACUGACUUAUAGAAGUUCGGCGAUAAAUUUCAUUUAAAAUAAUGCAUUCAGAAAAAUUCAACCCAUCAUGAAUAUCUCAGGAAGUCACUGAAUUAAUCGUGGAAAUCAAUCAUCUCUCUUGGGGCUGAUACUCCCUAGUAAUUAAACUUUGGUGGAAAGAAAUCGACUCCCUCACCGUCCACAAGUCACAUUCACAAGUAUCUUUGUUCUAUGUUGGAAAAAAACCACAGAACCACCAGACGGAGAGUGCAUGGCAAAAUAUAGCUCAAGCUUACAUUCAAAAACAUUUUCCAAGAUCAAAGGAAGGGUGGGAAAAGUAGUAAACACCAUCUCAGCUCUACGCUUGUAAAGGAUCUGGAAGGUCUCUUCUAAACAUAAACAACACUAUGCUCUAAAACCUUGUAAAUUCCUCAAAUCUAAAAUCAAAGGAAAUAAGAGAUUAUUUUACUUCACGAGAAAAUAAGGAGAACGCUGAGAAUUCCUAUUGAAACAUCAAAUGGUCUCCUUGAUGAAUUCUUUUUAAACAUGGAAAAAAGUGAAUCCUGAUGUGGCUAAAAAGGCCGAAAUUGUUAGUUAAUUCCUAAAGAGGUAAAUUAAAAACUGAAAUAUUCAAGAAAAUGAACUCAAAGAUUUAAAUGAUGACAUUUGCCUAAAAUGUGUAGAUACCCUGAUUCAAGCUUUCAAAUUUUGUUUAAUAUCUGUUUUUAGUUGUUUGCUGGGCUAAGUAAUUCAUUCUAACAUUGUUGAGAAUGGGAGGAUGAAAUCUGAAUUUUUCCUUUCUCUAGUGAUCUCUCUAUUUAAGUUAACACCAUUCUAACCAGACAUCCUUCUUUAAUUUAAUCAAAAUCAUUCCACAACCAGUUCCACAAGGCCUAGAAGAAAUCCCGAAUUCAAUGGCUAGAAUGGUCCCUGAGCUUUACAGUGUACCAUUGUUUGGACAAAAAUUCAAA